CCACUACAGGACCUUGGUUCUAUAUGCAAACCGUGUUCUAUAUGGUCCCAGUUUAUAUCAAUAACAUCACACACCUUGUUCUGUAUGUUUCAAUGGAGCUAGAGAGACACUGUCACCUCCAAUGUCAUUUUCCAGGAUCAGGGGCCUGUUUUACCAUUAACGGGGGAGAAGGGGAAUGACCAGGACAUGUGACUGUAGCAGUAACUGCUAGCAAGGCCGGUGGGCAGGGGCCGGGCCUGGGAGUGCUGUGGUAACACUGACACACACACACAUCUCUGCCUCGCAGACCUGCAUGGCCUCACGGCCAAUACACUGCACAGCCCUAGAACUGCUGCCGGGCUCUGGGGGGACGGGGUAGCCUCCCUUUCCGCGGCGGCGCUCGGUGACGUCACAGAGGGGACGCCACCAGGCCCCGCCCUCCGCAUUCCAACGUGCCCAGUGAGGUAAACAAGGCCCAGCAGCCCCGCCCGCUGCGGCCCAGCAGCUUCCAGAAGGGCCGCGCGCGGGCUAGCGAGCGGGUUCCGCCCACAGUUGUGGCGCAGCAGGAAUUGCCGCCCUGCCGCCGCACCGCGGGCGGGGUGAUGCCCCUGUUUAUUUUUACCCGGGCGGCUCAUCCUCUCCGGCUGCCCGAGCGCGGGCGCUCCCCGCCCUGGCCCCGCCUAUAAAAGGCCGCCCGCGGGGGGCUGAGGAUGCAGCUUUACAGCUCUGUGAUCACCCACUACCCGGCAUCGGGGGCGGCGGCGGCGGCAGCAGCAGCAGGCGGGGCGGGCGUGUUCAAGGUCUCCCUGCCGGCGGUGCCCCCCGCUCCGGACGCAGCGAGCGCCGCGGGUCAGAGCCCGGCCGCCGAGAGCCCCGCUAAGGAGAGCCUGGUGCCCGGAGGCAGCGGUGCCGCCAUGACUGCCUUCUCCUCCUGCCUGGAGCUGAUGCCGGGCGGGCCGGCGGCGGCCCCGCAGUACAGCUCCAGCGCGCAGAUCACCGUGAGCCGCAGGAGGCCGCUGGAGAGGAUCGUGCCCAUCCGCAUCGUGCAGCGCCCCGAGCCCUCCGUGGAGCUGGCCCCGGCCUCUCCGCAGAGCCGAGCCUGGCUCGAGGGCAUCCUGGAGAGCAUGAGACAAGCCGGCGGGGACGCCGAGGCCGCCGCAGCCCCGCACCGCCCGGAGGAGCCCAGCAACCACAGCCUCCGCCUCAGCGAGCACUGCCAGGCUCUGCAGGCGGCGGCCAGCGCCCAGCCCGGCCCGGCCGCCACCUGCGGCGGCGGCGAGCAGAGCAGCGGCCAGGCCCUGCCCUGCUCCCCGCUAGCGGAGGAGGAGGGCCCCGGGCCGAGGAGGGGGCCGGAGCGGAGUGAGAAGCUGGCUCUCUACCUGGCCGAGGUGGAGAAGCAGGACAAAUACCUGCGGCACAAGGGCCGGUUCCGCUUCCACAUCAUCCCUGAUGGAAACUGCCUGUACCGCGCCAUCUGCAAGGCCGUGUACGGGGACCAGCGGCUGCACAGCGAGCUCCGCGAGCAGACUGUGCACUACAUCGCCGACCACCUGCACCAUUUCAGCCCCAUCAUCGAGGGCGAUGUGGGCGAGUUUCUCAUCGGCGCCGCCCAGGACGGCGCUUGGGCUGGCUACCCUGAGCUCCUGGCCAUGGGGCAGAUGCUGAACGUAAACAUUCACCUCACCACGGGCGGCAGGCCAGAGAGCCCCACCGUCUCCACCAUGGCCCACUACCUGGGCCCUGAGGACCCGGGCCGGCCCAGCAUCUGGCUGAGCUGGCUCAGCAAUGGGCACUACGACGCUGUGCUGGACUGUGCGUGUCCCAACCCGGAGUACGAGGCCUGGUGCAGACAGACUCAGGUGCAGCGGAGGCGGGACGAGGAGCUUGCCAAAUCCAUGGCCAUGUCACUGUCUAAGAUGUACAUCGAGCAGAACACUUGCUCCUGAGACUGCCUAGUCUAGAGGCUCAAAGCCCUACUCCAGGUCAAGAGAGAGAGUUUGCACCGGUCAUGGUGGUGAUGCCUUAAUCCUUCAUAAGCAACGGUGCCCUAGACUGAGGAGCAUCCCUACAAUAUUAAACUGGGGGGGGUGACAAAUCCAAACUUGUAUUUGUAAUAUUCUCUUGUAUAAAGUUAGCCCUGGAUUAUUUGGAAGCGGAUUCUCCAUGUAUGUGGUUUUCCCCCAGUUCUCUAUUUUCUAGAAGAAUGUAUUUUUUGCACAUUAUUUUUUUUAAACUGUUACCUCCAUCUCCUACAUCUCAUGUUGGCCUCUGGCUUUCAGCUGUGCAGCCAGAAAAGUUUGUAAGAGGUUUAUUUUGUAAAUAAGGUUUAUGAUAUAACAAUUGUUUUUCUGUGAUUUGACCCAUACAACUUAAACUACCAAAUGAAAUUGAUGUCAGCCAGUUUGAAUGCUAGCUGGACCAGCUUCCCCUGAUUGAUGGAAAGUUAAUAAACUUUAGCUAAACAAUGGUUUGCAUAAAAGUGCAGAAAACUUUUAAAUAGCUACUUCAAAAAGUUUUUUGAUUGCUUCAAGCACAGAACAAGUCUUAUAAGCCCGUUGGAAUGUAGCUAUUCAUGAAUGGUACAGGGAGCAAUUGUGACUCUUCUGUGUUUAAUUACUGUUUAGAGUAAAUUGGGCUCGGUUGCCUGGGUGACUCACCCAUUGUUCCAUUUAUAUUUUAUUCGACUGUAAUAAUAGAAAUUUAAUGUAGAAUGUUGUGAUAAGAUAAUAGUUUGUAGUUUUGGCAAGAAUUGGCUGUACCUCAGUAUUUGGGUUUCUGAGUUGUUUUUUUUUUAAUGCCUUUUCUGUGCCCCAUGGCACUUGCAUUGCAUCAGCAGGCUGUUAUCACAACAUUUUACUCCUUUUGAUGAUGAUGUUUUCUAAUCAAGAAUAUAAUGCACUGUCCUAUAUUAUGUAAAAAGUAUUUAAACCGAGACUUGUAUGGUUUGCUGGGUCAAACAUUAAAUGUUUUCAACCUGAGAGCUAUCUUCUUUAAUCUCCUGUUAACUUUAAUUUGUUAGACAUAUUUAUUAAGUAAUGCAGUUUGUACUUUUUUAUUUUGUAAUAUUUUGUGAUUUUUUUGAAUUACUACUGUACUUGUAUAAUAGGAAUAUUAGCUAAAAUGGAAUGAAUAAAGUGUAUAAUUUUA